GUAAAACGAGAGAUGUUGAUUGGUGAGUGUGUGCAUGAGACAGGGAUGUUAACUUUCUCGCCGAUUGAUUUUUGAAAAUUUGAUUUGCUUUCUUUUGCCUUUAUCUGCCGACAAAAACUCAGAGGGCCAUAAAGAGAGAAAGAGAGAGCAUUUAGACAGUGUUGAGCUGUGUGACAUGUAACACCAAACUCACUCAAACUUACCUUUGUUUUUCUCCUUUUUCUCAGUUUCAUUCUCUUGCUCGUGGACAUGGAUGUUUGCCGAAAUGUAUCAGUUUCUUCAAGUGAGUGUCAGCAAGAGCUUCCCACCCUUGAUGACCUUUUCUCUCAUCAGAACACGCAGGAAGUGGAUUUUGGCCUGGAAUGGUUAUCAGUGUUUGUGGAAGACUGUUUCUCUAGUAGGCCAAGCUGCCUCUUGGCACCUGGUGGUGUUCAAACCACAAGCACUAGCACAAGCACCAAGCCUUCUUCAGGCACUAUAUUGCAAAGACCCCAACAAUUAAGUCAUCACUGUCCUUUGCAGAAUUUUGCUGUGCCAGGGAAAGCAAGGAGCAAGAGAAAGAGAAAGAGGCUUUCAGCCCCUAGAACAACAAAACACACCCUAAGCACAUGGUCGCAACAUUUCAGCACACAGAAUGAUGGGGUGAGUUCUGACCCUCCUCUUUUGAAACAAGCUUAUUGGUUGGCUGAUAGUGAACUCAUUGUGCCUAAGAAGAAGGAUGUUGAGCAAGAAGAGGAGGAGGGGGUUGUUGUGGUUGUGAAGAAGGAGAAAUUGGGGGAUUAUUGUGAUCAUGAUGAGGGUGAUGAAAUUAACAAUAAUAAUAGUAAUAAUGAUGAUAAUGUGCAGCACCCAAUUCCAAGAAGGUGCACACAUUGUCUGGCUCAGAGGACCCCACAGUGGAGGGCAGGACCAUUGGGUCCAAAGACACUAUGCAAUGCAUGUGGGGUGAGGUUCAAGUCUGGAAGGUUGUUGCCAGAGUAUAGGCCAGCCAAGAGCCCUACUUUUGUAAGCUAUUUGCAUUCCAAUUCACACAAGAAAGUCAUGGAGAUGAGAAUGGGUGUUGUUGGUGUUUUUUCUACAGACAACAACAAGUAGUGAAAGUUCAUGUGUUACUAUAUACCAUGGUUUUUAAAUUGCAGUCCGCAACCAUAAUUGUGACUACAACUCAGGCUAUUUUGACACUCUGCUAUCGCAUCAUGACCACAUCAGUCGCACUUUCCCGUAAUUGUCUACAAUGUAAAGGUUUUUCUUGCUUACAAUUUAAAACCAUGAUAUAUACUUUUCAUUUAUUUCAAAAGUACUAAUACAAGUGCAGAUUAUAGCUUGUAAUAUACAAGGAAGAAAUUUUGUUUUUUAAUUUCACCAUUUUUACUCAUGGCUAUUAUACUCAAGUAUAGUUUUCCUA